UUCCCGAAGAAAUUGCGGAGGCAGUCAAGGCUAUUAAAGAACAGGAAGCAAAGGAAGCAAAAGGAGGCUCAGGGAUGAUGGAAAAUGAAGGAACAGAAUUGACCGAGGAAGACAUUGCCUUUCAGCUUCAAUUUAUGGAGGAGCAGGAAGAUCAAGAUUAUGAGACAGAACCGAAUGAAUCGCGUGAUCAAUUAAUGGAGCACGCGAUGAGUGAUGAAGGCUCUCAACUAUUAAACGAGGAAAAAGGCAAAGACGUUGAUCUUUCGCCUGAGGAGCGUGCAUCAAGGUUCAAAUCCCUUUUAAGAGAAAUGGAAGUGUCACCAUUCGCAAUGUGGGAAAAAGAAUUACCAAGAAUUAUACAUGAUUCUAGAUAUACCUUAAUCCCAACAUUGAAACAGAAAAAGGAAUUAUUUGACGAAUUCUGCAAAGAACGAGUUAUAGAGUUGCGAGCCGAAAAAAAAAAGGUUUUGUCCGAAAAAGAUGAAUACUUAAAGUUGUUGGAAGAAGAAACUUCUUAUCGUUCACAUUGGGACUCCUUCAGAUCAAGUUUCAAAAGAGAUCCAAGAUUUAAGAAUUUUUCGGAAGAUAAGGAAAGAGAAAAAUUAUUCCGCAAACAUGUCAAGGAUCUGAAAGAGAAAGAGGCCGAACGUAAACGAGAACAACAGAAAAAAGCCGUGGAGGAUUUCAUGAAACUCUUAAGGGAGACGAGGGAGAUUGAAUCAGAUUCAAGUUGGCGUAGGGUUAAAAGGUUGAUUGAUGACGAUCCAAGAUACGAAGCAAUUCAGUCAUCUACACAAAGGGAAGAAUUGUUCAGAGAGUAUUGCAAAAAACUUGAAGCCGAGGAUGUAGAGGAAAUGGCAAGGAAAGAACAAGAGAGGAAGCAGAGAGAACGUAAAGAAAGGGAAGAAGAAAGCUUGAGAAACCGAGAAGCUCAAGUAAGGAACGAACGGAAAAAUCAAUAUUAUGACAGAAAUAUGGUGAAAAAGAAAAUGAUGCGUGAGGAGUCCAUCCGUGAAUUUCGAACCCUGCUAAUUGACUUGGUUCGAACGCACGAGACAAUAUGGGAAUCCAAGAAAUCCGAUUUAGCACGUGAUCAUCGUUUCAACGGUGAAGGGUUAGAGGAUGCCGAUAGAGAACGUCUUUUCAAUGAGCACAUUGAUGGUAUAUAUCAAAACCGUCUUAAAUCGUACAAUCAGCUUCUUGAAAAACACGUAAAGCUGGAUACCACCUGGCUCGAGGUAUAUCCAAUAGUCAAGGAAGAUCCGCGAGCAGUAAGACUUUCUAAGGACGAAGCUCAGUUGGAAAAAUUAUUUAACGAUCAUAUGAAAAUGAAGUUGGAACGGGUUAAGGAAGAAUUUCGCGAUCUUUUGAAAGAGAACCAAUUCGUUGAAUAUAGGGCACGCAUGGUUCAAUUAUCAGAGAACGGAGCGAAAGACGAGACUGGUGCCGAAAAGGAGAAAGCGCGCAAACUCACGCUAGAAGAGAUUCAUGAUGUGCUCAAAGAUGAUACACGAUUUUUGAUACUGAACAAUAUGCCCGAGGUUCGCGAUGAGAUAAUCACCACAUACUUGAAUAAUAUGGAUGCGCCAAAGAUGACGGUCCACCAAGGACGAGAGUGA